ACACGCAGUUGGAGUUGGAAUUUUCGCGUGCGUAGGUUGGAUUUUUGUUAGUUGUAUUUUGUAAAUUUAACAUUUUGAAUCAGUUAGAGGCAUAGUAUAAUUUUCAUUCAAAUGGCACAUGCUAAUAAAGAGGUCAACUGCUCAUUCUGCAACGAUGAACACGUGUUGUGGAACCAGUUUGAAUGUUUAGUGUGCCUCGAUUACAAUUUGUGCCUAAAAUGCCACGAAAAGCAGCGCUACAACAGGCAGCACCGACCGUAUCAUCCGAUGCAGUUGGUAAUGUCACAGUUGGAUUAUUUCAAGUUCCGGAAUAGUGUUGUCCAGCCAAAUAUUGGUUUGAGUUGUCCAUUUUGUGGCAACAUCAAGUCGAACAUUGAUGAAUUUUUGCAACACUGCUUUGUGAGACACGAUCAAGAUCUGUACAAUGUGAGAUGUCCCAUUUGUGUCAGUUUUUGCAUCCCGGAAUGUCAAAAUAUUGUUUCGCCGGCCAUUUCUUUUAAGAAACAUUUGGAAAAAUGCCAUGAAGUGCGUCAAAAAGUGUCAAUCUGCACCACGUGCACCAAGUAUAAUUUUCAAGGAAACCGUUACGUGUGUUUGCUCUGUCCCGAGUACGAGCAAUGUGUAGAUUGUUAUACAUCCAAGAGGCAAAACCAAGAUCAUAAGCCGUAUCAUCCCAUGCAGAAGAUUCUACCGAAAAAGGCUUAUGCUGUUCAGAAUCCACCGCCGGCUAGAAUCUACCGAUGUCCGUUCUGUGGAGAGGACGAUUUUAGUGUCGGUGGUUUAGCGAAUCACUGCUUUAAACUACACGUUGACUGUAAAAUGAGUUCGAUCCGCUGUCCAAUCUGCGUCGUAUGUCGAUUACAAAUUGAAGACGACUCUCUACCGAAGGGCUCUUUCUUUGACCAUCUGAUGAUGGUGCAUGGGUUGUUUCCCAAAGCAGAUCGUCAGCAGGAGCCCGAGGAGCCCACCGAAUGUACGGUUUGCAAGCUGGAGCUGGACGGCGAAGCGGCUGCGAAGAAGUACUACCAGUGUUCGCACGAUUGCUUCCAUGACCGGUGCAUAAGAUUCUGGCUGUCUAGCAAUCCCAUUUGUCCGAUUUGCCAUGCAGAUGCAGCUUAGUAUAAGAUUUUUUUUUUUGCUGUAUUUACAAUUUUUUAACUAACACUAUUUUUCAGAGCCUUAAUCUUAAUUUUAUGCAUUCGUUCCAAAUAAAUCUACCAUUACCGCUA